GCGGCUAAACCGGUGGAUGAACGAAGACACUUUAUAAAUAGUGACCGUAAACAUACAUAGCAGAAAAGAAAUGAAGGCUGAAAGCAUUGAAAUGCAAAACUUGUAAACGGGUUGAACCCGCGGGUUCUCGGAAAAAUAUAACCUGGCUCGUGAAACCCGUAAAAUGAGAAAACAACUACCCGUAAACCCGUGAUCCGUCAGAGGUCUGAUCCGGCCCGUAACCCGCGGGCGAGUCCACGGGUCGGGCGGGUUGAACGAAAACGGGUCAACCCGCCAACAUCUCUGUUUCGAACCAAAUACAUAAUACCAUUAUUGACUCAUAGGGUAUGUUGAGUUGCCACGAUGCCAGGGGUAUUUCGAUGUUACUGACUUAAUCUUAUCAAGUGGCCUAAGUAUCAAUAUAAGAGAACCAAAAAUAAAAUUUUUAAGUCAAUUCAUAAUAGUUUAUAUACGGGUGAUUCCACCGUAUAUAUAUCACUUUAUACAUGACUUUCUUCAAACCGAUUUUCAUCUUUAUAAUCGUAUAGAGUAUAGUCGACUUAUUGAUCAUUAUGCCAAAAGUUUCACUGAAACUUCUUCCGAUUAAAAGAUCUCAAAUUUACCGGAUUAUAGCAAAAUAUUGGUACAGUGAUUUUAUCACCAUGCGAGAGAAAAUUAUUUUGUGUUACAAAAGAAGAUUUUUUAUAUUUAUUAUCGUGUCGAACGUAUAGUAAUGGAUCGAAAAGUAUAUUUAUUUGUCUCCCUUCUUUUAUAAGAAAUGGAGUGCCAAACAAAAAUAGAGUUAAAAUGACAUAAGAAACUCCCAAAACAGGCUAAAAAUAGGUGAAACAUCUGUCAGCAUAUAUCUAUAACGCAGAAUUUGGGCAUAUAGUGGCAUAGCAGGUUUUGUAGAGCAAAGCGUGCGCUACAUGCCCAUAUAUAACACUUUUUCGGGGAGUACCACAACUGGGGUCAUUUCAACAUGAGAAGAUUAUCAGAAAUAAUCAAAUUAUAAGUAUACGCAUUCUUGAAUUGCUUAUGAUGAACAAUGAAUUCAACAUAGAAAAUAUCGCAUAGUCAAGAAGAUUAUCGUGUCAGCGAGCGUUCUCUAUCGUCUUUCUAAUUCACCCUAUUAUAAACCAAUAGUUUGAAUAAUAUCAGAUGUAGGGUUAUUAUGAAAUCUUCUGUCACAUUCAUUUUUAUUUAUUCGUUACAUAAAACAUAAAUACAUUCGGAAAUUCAAAGAUCAUGUCUCAAAAAGUGCGCUGUUGCAGUCCUCCUACGGCUCAUUGAUACGCAACGAAGUCAGGACGUAAUCCUACUUAUCCUCGAGGUAAUCGACCAAUUGCUUCGAGCUUGGCUGCAUUUAUUACUCGACAAUAUUUGAGAGAAACAGGGGAUGACAAACUGAUGAUGAACGAAGGUGAUGUGCUUUGUCGUACAUGUUACGAAACAGCUCGAAAACAAUUUGUCUCUCAGUUGGGUGCUGUACACGAAGAAGAAACCGAACUAUGGGAUAAUAAUGCAAUGGAAGUGGAUUACAAUGGAUCUCUAUGCAAGUCUUUAACAUCGAGCGAGGUUGAGGCAUCAUCAGAUGACACGUCUUCCGACGAGUUAUCCUCAUCUUCGCUGUCAUCAAAUGAGGAAACGACUGAAGAAGAUAGAAAGUACCAUCAAUGCCGACCGAUGAAUAUGUUAAAUGAGAUAUUUAAGAUAGUUGAUGUUUCUCCAAUUGUUGAUAUGUAAGAUAUUCUCUUCAUUUGAUCCGAAUAUUUAUUUUAUUAUUGUUUUUAGUCGACAAAGAAAUAUAAUACACGAGAAAAUAAGGAUGACUAUCGAAGCAAUACGAGUUGGUGCUAAUCAUCUGUUAAAAGAACCGUCGAGAGAACAAAUAAAAUCUGAUAACUCAAAGCUUACUUUUGAGGAAAGAAACACUUUACUUAAUGGCUUACAAAUGCUGUUUAAUAAAAGAUAUUAUGAUGAACAGAUUCGUAUGUGAACAAUUGCACCGUCGUCAUAGGGUCGUACGAAAAUCGAAUCUUUCUUUUCAUGCACCAGAUAUCAAGCUCAAAAAUCGAUAGAACUACGAAAUUCUUUCAAUAUUUUAACGACACCAGAUGAUUUACGGGAUAACGUCCCAAUAGAUUCACAAGUUGUCAAACAAGUAGUUAAUUUUUAUGAAGACGAUGCUAUUAGUCAUCAAUCAUCUAAUAAAAAAGACGUAAUCCAUAUACAAGAACAACUAAUGCCCACUAGACACAUGUGUAUGACUGUCGGACAAGCUUACCAACUAUUCAUAAAACAUUUGGAUGAAAGAAAUUCUAAUAUUAAAGUUGGUGAAUCAACGUUUUACACAUUAAGACCAAAAUGAAAAAAAAUCAAAACACCAUUUGAUGUCUUCUCGUGUCUCUAUCAUGAGAACUUCGAUCUUUUGGUCAAGGUUAGCUUCGAAGAGAUUCUAUAGUACAAAUAUUUUUAUUUUAUUAGGCUUAAAACAAGCUUGGUUUAACUAAUGUAGAUUAUACGUUUAUUCAAACUGAGGUUCUUUGUGAACCAACAACCGAAAAAUAUUACUUUCGAGAAUGUGAUAAAUGUAAACAACGUUUACCCAGUGAUGUUCUUCGGCGACAAACAAAUGAUAAUGUGACCGUAGAAGAUGUUUAUUGGAUGAAUUAUUGUCUUCCAAGAAAAAAUGAUAAUAGCAAUGAAGAUGGUAAAUCAACGAACAGCAAGAUCAUCAUGCAGCGCAUCAAGGGUUCUGUUAGUAAUCUUCUAGAUGAAUUUGAUGAUCAAUGGACAAAAUAUAUUGCUCAUCACUAUUAUAUCCGACAACAAAUCAGCUAUAUCAAAAAAAAUAAAAGAAGAAGCUGA